CGUCUACGUGGGAGGUGACGAGUGCCGCAACAGACGUCGCAUAAAUUUCAGCCGCGCCUUGCCGGAGCGUUCAGAGGCGACUGGCGCUGUGGAGUGUGGGUUUGUAGGCGUUCGGGUGCCUUGACGGCGUUCGUGGUGAUUCUGUUUUCGACAACAGGUCAAAAUGCAGAUCUUCGUGAAGACCCUGACUGGCAAGACCAUCACCCUGGAGGUGGAGCCCAGUGACACCAUCGAGAACGUGAAGGCCAAGAUCCAGGAUAAGGAGGGCAUCCCCCCUGACCAGCAGAGGCUCAUCUUUGCUGGCAAGCAGCUGGAAGAUGGCCGCACUCUCUCUGAUUACAACAUCCAGAAGGAAUCCACUCUCCACCUGGUCCUGCGCCUCAGGGGAGGCAUGCAGAUCUUCGUGAAGACCCUGACAGGCAAGACCAUCACCCUGGAGGUGGAGCCCAGUGACACCAUCGAGAACGUCAAGGCCAAGAUCCAGGAUAAGGAGGGCAUCCCCCCUGACCAGCAGAGGCUCAUCUUUGCUGGCAAGCAGCUGGAAGACGGCCGCACUCUAUCUGAUUACAACAUCCAGAAGGAAUCCACCCUGCACCUGGUGCUGCGCCUCAGGGGAGGCAUGCAGAUCUUCGUGAAGACCCUGACCGGCAAGACCAUCACCCUGGAGGUAGAGCCCAGUGACACCAUCGAGAACGUCAAGGCCAAGAUCCAGGAUAAGGAGGGCAUCCCACCUGACCAGCAGAGGCUCAUCUUCGCUGGCAAGCAGCUGGAGGAUGGCCGCACUCUGUCUGAUUACAACAUCCAGAAAGAGUCCACCCUGCACCUGGUCCUGCGCCUCCGGGGUGGCUGUUAAUUCUACAGUCUGGCAUUACAGUGGCCCAGUGAUGGCAUUACUCUGCACUAUAGCCAUUUGCCCCAAUUUAAGUUUAGAAAUUAUCAGUUUCGGUAAUAGCCAAACCUGUUCAAAAGUUAAUAAAGGUUUUGUUGCAUGGUA